AUGCAGUCCACAGCGCGGCCGGCCGCCAUCGUCGCCUCGCGCGCCGUCCGCGCACCGCAAGCGCCCGCUUUGGCACGAGAGGGAUGCACGCUCGCCCGAGCUGGCCUGCGCAGGCCGUGUCCGCCGCGGCCACCGGUGCAGGGCGUUGAGGGGGUGCAGUGCCGCGGAGACGUCCGAUGCGGGGCUGCGGCGGCCGGCGUCGCCGACCUGGCGAGCUACUAUCCUCCGAAGAAGAACGGGCUCGGGAAGUUGAUGGCGCACUUCAGAGCGACCGUCUUCUACGUCUUCACUGUCGCGCUCGCCUUCCCCAUCUUCGCGUUCAUGCUGCUGUCGCACCCCGUGCAAGUCUUGUUCGACAAGUACCGCCGGCGCCUCCACCACUUCGCGAACGACAUCUGGGCCGUCGUCUCCACGCUCCCCUUCUACCGCGUCCAGGUCACUGGGCGGGAGCACCUCCCAGACAAGGACCAGGCCGUCGUGUACGUCGCCAACCACCAGUCCUUCAUGGACAUCUACACCCUCUUCCACAUCGCCCGGCCCUUCAAGUUCAUCUCGAAGCUGUCCAUCUUCAUGAUCCCGAUCGUCGGGUGGUCGAUGUGGCUCACGGGCCACGUCCCCCUCGCGCGCACGGACCGGCGCUCGCAGCUCAAGUGCCUCAAGGACUGCCAGGAGCUGCUCGAACAAGGCUGCUCCGUGCUCUUCUUCCCCGAGGGCACGCGGUCCGCGGACGGGAAGAUGCAGUCCUUCAAGAAGGGCGCGUUCUCCGUGGCCGCCAAGGUCGGCGUCCCCGUCGUGCCUAUCACGCUCGAGGGAUGCGGGCCCAUCAUGCCGAACAAGCGCGAAGGAGAGAUGUACCCGGGGCGCGCGAAGAUCACGAUCCACCCGGCGAUCGUCUCCAAGGACGCGAACGAGCUCUGCGAGAAGGCCCGCGCUGCCGUGGCGUCGGCUCUCCCACCCAUGCUGCAGGGGUGA